AUGUUUAUGGGACCAGAUUUCGCAACAGUUACCCUCCCACUUGUGAACCUCAUCCGAAGGGGGGCCACUAUUCAGUGGACCGAAGAACACACGAAGGCGGUCCGCAAGCUGAAGCAGCGUCUCAUCGACUACACAAUUUUACAGAUUCCCGACACCUCGAAGCCUUUUCAGCUGUAUAUAGACGCCUCGGGAUAUGCUGUGGGGGCAAUCCUAGAGCAAGGAGGACGUCCCAUAGGAUUUCUGAGCCAGGCGAUGACACCGACACAGGCGAGAUAUCCUAUUUACGAUCAGGAACUUCUGGCGAUUGUGUCUGCCCUCGCGAAGUGGGCACAUCUCCCGGGGGUAUCCAAAGUAACAGCCUUUACGGACCACCAGGCCCUCACGUAUUUGCAACAACUUAAAGCCUUUAAACCCUUACGAUGCUGGAAUGAUGCUAUCAUCGUUCUUGUUGAUUCUCUUAGCACGAUGGCGCACUUCAUUCCCACCAAGAAGACUCUUACAGCAGCGGACUCUGUGCAGAUACUCGCAGACCGGUUGAUCCGAUACCAUGGAUUCCCAGAUAUGCUCAUUUCGGACAGAGACCCUCUAUUUCAGUACGAGGUAUGGUCGCAACUAUGCUCGCGCUUUAACAUCACAAGAGCUCUGUCGUCUCCCUGUCAGCCACAGACGGAUGGCCAGACGGAAUGCGUGAAUCGUACGCUCGAGCAAAUGCUACGUACGUCUAUUCAAACUGAUGAACGAGAGUAG